AUGGCUGCUGUAGGAGUGGCUGGCCGUGCCUACUUGAAAUAUGGAAAAAAUGCACACCAGAAAGUGAAGCAAACACUUGACUCAAUUCCAAAUGGGUCAUUCAGUAAAUACUACAAAGGAGGAUUUGAUCCAAAAAUGAACAAACGAGAGGCCGGUCUUAUCUUAGGUGUCAGCCCCAAUGCAAGCAAGGCCAAGGUGAAGGAGGCACACAAAAGAAUAAUGCUUUUAAACCACCCAGACAGAGGCGGAUCACCCUAUUUAGCAGCCAAAAUAAAUGAGGCAAAGGACUUCGUAGAUUCAAGUUCAAAGAAAUGA